CUCAAACGUCAAUAUGUAAGUAGUAAGAAGAAGCAAACAUUUUCAAUUCAUCAGAGUUUCGUGAAUUUUGAUAUUAUUAAUGAAAAUCACGACGAAAAUGGAAGUAGAUGAAGAUAUUUCAUCGAUCUGUGAAUCCACAUCAGCCCUUACGGAAGGUUGUCGUCUACCGGUCCGAAUGCACGGAACAGAUGACUGGCCUCUUGCAGAAAUUGUCAGCAUAAAAGACGUUGAGGGCACGAAAAUAUUUUAUGUUCACUAUGUAGACUUUAAUAAGCGCUUGGAUGAAUGGGUCUCGGAGGAUUACUUGGAUACACGGAAAGUGCAGUUUCCUCGACGCGAUGGGACUGCCACUGGGCAGAACACAGGGGUCACAACACCAAAGAAGUUCAGCCAUUCGGUCACUGGCCCUGCCUCCCGGCCCACCAGCCCCAUUUCCUUGCCCAAUAACGACAUUGUGAAUGGAAGUGCCGUCCUAGCUGCCGCGCUACAAAAGAAAAUGAAUCGGAAACGGAAGGUACACUUUUGUUUUUCCGUUCAGCCACAAGCUAUUCAUCGCUUAGUUACAGGCAACAGUUGUGAGAAUGAGGAAACUUCACAAGAUGGCCAGAACGUAACACCACGCCAGUCCGGGAGUAUGGUGACCCACCACGACGACGUCGUGACUCGCAUGAAGAACGUAGAAAUGAUCGAAUUGGGACGACAUCGGAUAAAGCCCUGGUAUUUCGCUCCGUACCCACAGGAACUAUGUCAGACGACCUGCAUUUACAUCUGCGAGUUCUGCCUCAAAUAUCGCAAAAGCAAAAAGUGCCUCGAGCGGCACUUGAUGAAAUGUAACAUUCGUCACCCGCCUGGCAAUGAAAUCUACCGGAAGCACACGAUCUCCUUCUUCGAAAUUGACGGUCGCAAGAACAAGGUGUACGCGCAGAACCUGUGUUUGCUAGCGAAGCUAUUUCUCGAUCACAAAACACUCUAUUACGACACCGACCCGUUCCUCUUCUACGUAAUGACCGAGUACGAUUCCCGGGGAUUCCACAUCGUUGGUUACUUUUCAAAGGAGAAGGAGAGCACGGAAGACUACAAUGUUGCUUGUAUUCUAACCAUGCCGCCCUACCAACGCAAAGGUUACGGCAAGCUCCUCAUCGAGUUCAGCUACGAAUUGUCCAAGUUUGAGGGGAAGACCGGAUCUCCCGAGAAGCCACUGUCGGAUUUAGGCUUGCUGUCGUACCGCUCGUAUUGGGCGCAGACAAUUCUGGAGAUCUUCAUUACAGCCAAACCCACAGGAGACAACGAGAAGCCAACUAUUACAAUUAAUGAAAUUUGCGAGAUUACCAGUAUUAAAAAGGAAGAUGUGAUAUCAACUCUACAGAAUCUAAAUUUAAUCAACUACUAUAAGGGACAAUAUAUCGUCUGUAUCAGCCGAGAUAUUAUCGAUCAACACAAGAAGGCCAUGGACAAACGCAAGAUCCGGAUCGACUCGAAGUGCUUGCACUGGACACCGAAGGACUGGUCGAAGCGGUCGAAAUGGUAACGUGACCGAGGAUCCACGCAACCACAACCGAGUCAGAAAGAGAUAAUUUCCACUAAACAUUUUCUUCUGGGCGUCGCAGCCAACCAGCUUUCGCUCGUCUUCUUGUUGAUUGACUGGCGCUAUGGAAGCUUCUCUGUUCGGCAUUCGGAUCAGUCCCCGUUGUUGCAGCAAGGAAACUAUUUCUAAAGCUUGAAUUAAUGUCUUAACUCUGUUUUGCGUUGCCUCUAAUAAAGUCUGUGGUAAAAUAUGUUGAGAAAAAUAAAUAAAAAUAAGCUUAGGUUGUAAGG